UUUCAUUAUUCAUUUACCGCUUCAUAUUUGAUUUACAACAUACACACUGGGGAAGUGUGGGAGUUGAAUCCUCCAGAAGUCGAGGACUCAGUAUUGCAGUAUGCAGCCUGGGGUGUGCAAGGACAGCAGUUGAUUUAUAUUUUUGAAAACAAUAUCUACUAUCAACCUGAUAUCAAGAGCAGUUCUUUACGACUGACAUCUUCAGGAAAAGAGGGAAUAGUUUUUAAUGGGAUUGCUGACUGGUUAUACGAAGAGGAACUUCUACAUUCUCACAUCGCCCACUGGUGGUCACCCGAUGGAGAGAGACUUGCCUUCUUGAUGAUAAAUGACUCCUUGGUGCCUAAUAUGGUUAUACCUCGGUUUACUGGAGCACUGUACCCCAAAGCAAAGCAGUACCCAUACCCCAAGGCAGGUCAAGUGAACCCAACAGUGAAAUUAUAUGUUGUAAACCUGUAUGGACCAACUCAUACUUUGGAGCUGAUGCCGCCCGACAUUUUUAAAUCAAGAGAAUAUUACAUCACCAUGGUUAAAUGGGUGAGCAACACCAGGACAGUGGUCAGGUGGUUGAAUCGGCCUCAGAACAUCUCUAUCCUCACGGUCUGUGAGUCCACCACCGGGGCAUGCAGUAGGAAAUAUGAGAUGACAUCCGACACCUGGCUCUCUAAACAGAACGAGGAGCCUGUAUUUUCCAGAGAUGGAAGCAAGUUCUUCAUGACCGUUCCUGUCAAACAAGGUGGCCGAGGAGAAUUCCACCACAUAGCCAUGUUCCUGGUCCAGAGUAAAAGCGAGCAAAUUACAGUGCGGCAUCUGACAUCGGGAAACUGGGAAGUGAUACGGAUCUUAGCCUAUGAUGAAACAACUCAAAAAAUUUACUUUCUGAGCACAGAGUUUUCUCCCCGAGGGAGGCAGCUGUACAGUGCUUCUACCGAGGGACUGUUGAAUCGUGUUUGCAUCUCAUGCAACUUUAUGAAAGAUGAUUGCACAUAUUUUGAUGCCAGCUUCAGUCCCAUGAACCAACAUUUCUUGUUAUUCUGUGAAGGUCCAAGGGUCCCAGUGGUCAGCCUCCACAGUACAGACAACUCAUCAAGGUAUUUCAUCUUGGAAAGCAACUCUCUGAUGAAAGAAACUAUCCAGAAGAAGAAGCUCGCAAAGUCAGAGAUUAGAAUACUUCACAUUGAUGACUAUGAACUUCCUUUACAGUUGUCCUUUCCCAAAGAUUUUAUGGAGAAAAACCAGUAUGCUCUUCUCUUAAUAAUGGAUGAAGAACCAGGAGGCCAGAUGGUGACAGAUAAGUUCCAUGUUGACUGGGAUUCCGUUCUUAUUGACACUGAUAAUGUCAUUGUAGCAAGAUUUGAUGGCAGAGGAAGUGGAUUCCAGGGCCUGAAAGUUUUGCAGGAGAUUCACAGAAGGAUAGGGUCAGUAGAAGCAAAGGACCAAGCAGCAGCUGUAAAAUAUUUACUGAAACUACCAUAUAUUGACUCCAAAAGAUUAAGCAUUUUUGGAAAGGGGUAUGGGGGCUAUGUUGCAUCAAUGAUCUUAAAAUCAGAUGAGAAGCUUUUCAAAUGUGGAACAGUGGUUGCACCCAUCUCAGACAUGAAGUUGUAUGCCUCAGCUUUCUCUGAGCGGUACCUUGGUAUGCCAUCAAAGGAAGAAAGCACUUACCAGGCAUCCAGUGUAUUGCAUAACAUUCAUGGUCUAAAAGAAGAAAAUAUAUUAAUAAUUCACGGAACUGCAGAUACAAAAGUUCAUUUCCAACAUUCAGCAGAAUUGAUCAAGCAUCUGAUAAAAGCUGGAGUGAAUUAUACUCUUCAGGUCUAUCCAGAUGAAGGAUAUCAUGUUUCGGACAAGAGCAAGCAUCAUUUCUACAGCACAAUCCUCAGAUUCUUCAGUGAUUGUCUAAAGGAAGAAGUAUCCGUGCUGCCUCCAGAACCAGAAGAAGAUGAAUAACGGACCCUGCUAUACAGAGCUGAAGGGGAUAUUGAGGCUCAAUGAAACCGAAUCAAGAGACUGUCAUGUUGUAGACACUCCAGAAUUCCAAGGGCAGCUUGAGGAGAUGAAACUGGAACAGCACACUCAGAGAGUGAACUAGAACUUGAAGACAGAUGUCCUCAUCUACUGUGCUGCCAAGGGUGCAGAAGGUGUUUCAUUGUAAUGGGAAGUUGCAAGGGUUGGUUUCCUGGGAAAAAAAUUAGUUUCACAUUAAAGUAGGAAUAGUGCAUGUUUCCUUCUGUUAUCCCCUUUUGUUCUGUGACUAGUUACCCUCACUUUGAUUUCAGUGACCACAAUCACCUUUGCAUAAAGUGCAUAACGUACCAUCAGUACCACAGUCCCUGAUCUUUGAUGGCUGAGCUGCAAUCUAACAUGUUAAUGUAUCUCUAUAAUAAGUGCAAUUCUCUCAUUGUCUAUUACUAUGCUUAAGAAAGUAUUCAGUUAAUAAACAAAAAGCAGAGUAUUUUACAUAAAGUUCUGUUUUUAAAAAGGCAUUAUUAAAUGAGUCAAGGCUAUGUAGAAAUAUGGAUCUCAGCACCUUCCAAAGUUCAGGCAGUUGUCAGUAGGUAGAAUACCUUUAAAUCAACACACACGAGUGUAUGUCUCACAAUAUAAUAUAUAUAUACACGCACGUGUGCAUAUGCAGACAAUGAGUCUAUCUGUAUGUUACUCAUGCUACAAAGGGUAAACUUUAAUGAAUUACAACGGAUACUCUUUUUCCAGGCUGCAAUGUGGACGCUUCGUUUAAUGAGCCAAAUAUGAGCCCCUUUUGUUUCCGGUUCAGAUUCUAGCAAUUGCUUUCCUAUAAAUGUUCGGGUUGUGUUUGGUAUUGGUUUUAGUGGUUAAUAGUUUUCUAGUUGCAGUUUACUUUUUUGAAUAUGAUACCUUGUCCCAUGUAAAUUAGAUACUUAAAUAUUAAAUUAUAGUUUCUGAUAAAGAAAUUUUGUUAAACAAAUGCAAUGCCACUGAGUGGCAUUUUGCUCUCUUGGUGGGGAAAGCUUUUUUAAGAACUCGGACCUUGAACUUCCAGCUCCCAGUGCAGUAAAGUCAAUUCUCAUUUUUAUUAUAAAAGCAAAAAUCUGAAUUAUUUCAUUGUUUCCAGAGUCAACUUAGCAUUCCGUGCCUGCUCGAUUCAUCUGUUGCUGUUUAAUUAAGCCCUUGUGGUAAGAAUUAGAAGGGAAAUAUUUUUUAUUCAUUGACCCCCAAACUCACCAACAGCAGUAGGUGGUGUUUUAUUUAAAUGGAAGGCACACGGGGUACCGCAUUCUCCAGUGUGUCAGCUUGCAGCAGUAAGUGAGAAUGAAAGAUGAACUAAACUGUGUGGAGUUUCAGUCAGGAGAAGGCAGAGGUGAUGAUGGAAGUCACUGUGAGAUGUUUCAAAAUCGGAAACCAAACUCUGUCACUCCAAAAAUCUAGGCAGUAUCAUGUAUUUGCAUAGCUUCAGAUCUGUUCCUAGGGAAAGCUGGGCUCCCAUGUCCUCUGAAAAUCAGGAAGGGAAUUUUAGAAGUCAAGAAUUUGUCCAAUCACCCUCUGCUUCAUCAGUGGAGCAGCCCAGGAUUCUGAGAUGUGGUCCUGGGACUCUGAGGCCAGUUCUCCCUCUUUUUCCCUCAGUACUUGGGAAUUGUGUCUUCCCUGCUCCAUUAGAUCCAAUUUAAUAUGCGAAAGAUGCCCUCUCCAGAAAGACCCAUUUUAGGUCUUUUUCAAGGAUAGUGAACACAUUUUUUUAACAAAAUAGGUUGUAAUGUUUCCAAGGAAAGUUUUGCCUAUUUUAUUAAGAUGGGAGUUUCUUUUUAGGCUGAUUUGAAGUCCAACUGAAGCUUUUUAAUCAAUAUUUUAGAUUUCAACCACUAGAGAUUUUUAUGAUGCGAAUAAUUAUGUUGUCUGAAAGAUGUGGUUUUAUUGAAUGUCUAUUUGAGUAACAUUUAAAAAGUGUUUACCUUUUACUGUUCAUCAUUUCUCUUGUUUAUGGUUAUUAUCAAUGUUUAUCUAUUUUUUGAUUAAUUUAAUACAGUUUGUAAUGUGAAAGUUGCUUGUCUGGGACCACUUUCACCUCAAAGUACCGAUGGAUCUCACAUGAAAACAUG